AAGUGACAAAAAAGGAAAGAAAGGCUAGGUUCUGGGUAAGUUGGAGAGUCGCUUGUGGUGCUAGGAAAUAGGUUUUGGGUCAUAACUGCAAGUGAGGCUGGACUAGUUGAGAUGUUCACUGCUAUUUGAAUUAUAAGUACAUGAUCUUUAAGUAUCCUAGGCUUCCUCUAAGAUCAUUUGGCUUCAAGGGAGCUAAUUGGGUACCUUUUGCUGGAAAAGUUUUUGAAAAGGCUUGCUAAACGACCUGCUAAGAUUAUUGGUGGAAGGUUAGCUUUGAUGAUCUCUGUUCUGUCUUACCAUUUUAUUUCCUUGCUAAAUUUCGGAUUCCAGAUUGGUAGUCGAGAGGCUAGAUUGGAGAAAGAAAUUACUUUUUGAAAGAGUUCCAGUUCUACUGGUGGUGGCUUUUGCUUGAUCAAAUGGAAGAACGUUUUUAUAUCUAAGGCUCAGGAGGUCUUGGGUUGAAGUAUUUUGAGGGGGAUGAGCAUGACAUUAUGAGGUAAAGGUGGUUGAAAGAUUUGAAGGGAGAUGAGCAGAUUUGGAAGGGAGUUGUUCGAGUGAGAGUUAUUUGAGGAUGCCUCUAAGUUAGAUAACCUCUCAAUUCUUCUCACUCCUAGAAAGUAGUUCGAGAGGUUAAAGAUAUUUUUCGCUGCUGUAUUACCCUUCUUCUGGGUAAUGGUAGGACUAUUAGAUUAUGGCACCAUAUAUGAAUCAAUGAUUUACCAUUUUGCGAUUUUAUAAAUUAUAUUAUAUUUCCUUGAUUAAAAGUGCUACUGUUGCUUCUCGAUUUUUCACUAGAUUGAUGUUCGAAAGGAAUCUGAAGAUGGAUUUGUGAUAAAAUUUAAUAAUCUCAUGGAUUUUUUAAACGUAAUUAGGCCAACUGAUGGUUGUGAUAGACUUACAGAUUUGUUAAUUUUGGGGACAAGCUUCAAGGAGGCGCCAACACUGUGUGCAGAAUUCUCAGGCUCCUGCUUAGGUGAGAAAAAUUACUUGGUUAGCUUAAGAGGCAAAGUAUCAACUCCUAACAAUCUGGUUAGGAGAUCAUGGCCAGCUCCUAGUGCUUAUAUUUUCAUGUCAUAAUGUGAAAGAAAUUGCCUAUAUUUUGUUUUGGAGAUGUCUCUGUACCGAGAGGAUUAUUUUAAAAUCCAAGUUCUCUUGUUAGCAUAUCUGGAGAAUUAAGAAAAUAGAAAGAAGUUUAGAGUUGGCUGGCAAAUUAUAUAUUUGUCAAAGCAGAGACACUUAAUUUCGAAGAGGUUAAUAGUAUUUGGGCACGAUCAUCUCUGGCUGUAUCUGCUAAAUUGAAGGAAUAUGAUGAUCUUUUUCAAAGUGUGCAUCAACUGAAGUUACUUUCAUGAAAUGUGGAUGGGUGGUACUCAUCUUUGCAUCAGAAAAAAAUCAAGGAUUAUUAAGCUAUCGAAAAAAAUUAUCAAGAUUGGAGAUGCUUGUAUAAACACAUGAAAAGCCAAACCUGUAAAUCAGAAGUUUGCAAGUACAAAAUGUUAUUUUUUAGAUGCAUCCUACCAACAGCUCCAUAUUUCUCCUUUAACAUUUGAUCAUUUGCCAGUCUUUAUUAUCAUGGCCAUUUUAUUACACAUCAUAGCGAACAUAAUCAUAAGAGAAAUACUUUAAAUUGGGAGAAUGCAUGCAUAUGAUAUCCUUCACGUAGAGACAGAGACAGGAUUUCUAUCCUCAAUCAGCACAGACCUGGAAGCUAUUAAGAGCCAUGUUACUAUUCGAUCCAGCAAAUUCAAGCCAUCGCAAAGCAACUAAAAGAGCGUGUCAGCUUCUUCUUUUUUGGCAUAUACUGCAGACAGAUAUUGAAAAGAAUUGUCAGAGGAGGAAUUAGUUUGGGUAUUGAGAAAUAGAAGCUACACAUGAUUUACCUGCUCAAGUUCAUCCUUUCUUCUCCUUAAACAUACAAACUAAUGAAAUAUAAUAAAUUGCCAUUUUAUUUCUCCUAUGUUUACAAAAAUAUCUUCUAUUGGAAUAUAAUCCAGCUAUAUAUAGGAAAUGUAGAUAAACCAGUGUAUGCCAAUGUCUCCACUCAAAAUACUCGGUCUAAUACCAAGAUGUUUGACAAGUACUCUGCUUCAAACUAUAACUAAUUAGGCCAGACACUUCAUAAAAUAUUUUGUUUUUGAGGUAUAGUAAUAUGUAUAUGUAUAUGUAUAUGUAUAUAUAUAUAUAUGUAUGUGUAUAUGUAUUAAAAGCUAUGUAGUCUAGCUAUGCACAUUUGCUUGCCUAGGACGCAACAAUUCAAUGGAAGCAUGCAAAAAGGCAUUCAAAUGCUCAUGGUGACACAACAAGUGACCCAAUCAUCAUUAAAAGAAUAUUCAAGCCAAUUAUUAGAAGAAUAAAUUGCUCGCAUGUUUGUUUCGUAUAAGGGUAUAUUUAGUCGUAUAGGCGGUCAAUGAAAUAAAAUUCUUGCAUCCAUAUUUGUGAGCAAGCAACCAAUCCAAUGUACUAAAAGUAGUAUUACUAAGAAAAAAGAAAAUAGAAAAAGAAAGAACUAUUUACCAUCACAGAGCCAGUUUCAUAUCUAUGGUAUGCCAUGAGCUCCUCUUCAUUUCCAAGGCUUAUUUGCUUUGCCUGAUUCUUGUAUUGCUUCCUCUUAGCACGAGCUCGUGAAAAGACCAUGGAGUAAUCCAGUGCACCUGUCUUUUGAUCCCACCCUCCAAACUGAGGGACAGCCAUCCAUGCAUUCUUCUGAGAAGAAGAAUCCAUCAAUAAAGAACAAAAUAUGAGGCCCAAAAAAACAAAAGUUGACCUAAACAAAGAAGUUCAAGCCAUAUAUAACUUUCAUAUUUUCAUAGAUUAGUGGAGAUUCUUUUGUAGGAUAAUUAAAAUUACUACAUACAUAUAUUCUAAAUAACAUUUUUCAGAUUAUGUGCAGAAAAAUUUGUAAGGAUAACAACAUUGAGGCCAAUGUUCCUUUCACAGACAUCUGAUAAAUUUGGAGCAAUACCAAGAAAAUUAGCAUGGCGAACUCAUUAAAAGAUUUAUGUACAAAUUGAGACAGGAGUCAAAAUGACAAGGUAAGAGGUAGUAUUUUAUGUAAUUUCAACUUACCAAUUAUUGUCGAGCCAAAUAAUUGCAGAAAAAGAAGAGAAUGAAAAUUAAUGCUAAAUAUUAAUUCAAAACACAAAAUCGAGUUCUAAGUAAUGGAAGAAAAAGACUUUCAACGCUACAUUAGAUUGCAAAUAAAUGCUGUAGAUUGUAAAUUGUAAUGCCCAACAUAUUUUAAAACUAUUAGCAAAUCACUGGAUAGUGAUAGAACACCAGAUUUAUCAUUAUACAAACAAUGAUUUUCUAAACAUAAGGAGAGGUGGACAAUCAUAUAUAAUGCUUUAAAAUUGGUUAAAACUAAUAAAAGAAUCCAUCAAAAUAAUCAUGAAAAUGAAAAGUUGAUUUCUCCAUCAUUCUUUCUUUCUUUCCUUUCUUUCUUUUCUUUCUUUCUUUCUUUUCUUGGUUUUCUUUUAGAAGUACCUCCUUGUAGCUCGCCAUGGCUGGGCCCAUAGUGGAGGGCUGGGAAUCGUGAGAGACAAUGAACCUUUGCAUAUAUAAAAAGAACGUUGAAUUCCUAAAAACUAAGGAGAAUAUUUUAGUUUCCGUUUUCUGUGGAUGUCCAUAUAUCUCAUCUUUAUGGUUUUUCAAUUUACUUUUGUCCUCCUCCCCCUCCUCCUCCUCUCUCUUUUAUAUUUUUUACCCCAAAUAAUAGAACUCUCUCAAACGACAAGUGAAGGGUACAUGGAUCCUAAAGCAUCGAACGUAGCCGAAACUUACUGAUAGGUGAAGACAAUUCUAAGGGUUAGAAAAAUUCCAACUAACUAUGCAUUUCACACCACAAAAAUUCUCCACUUUAGCUCAAACAAUUGUUUCUCUUCUCCAUACAAAUUGAGUGGUGGAAGCUUGGCCAAAGCCAAAUUGAGGGCAAGAUGGAAACCAGUUAUCCUAUAUUAAUGUCAAAGGACAUGCCAACUCUGCUAACAACAGCAUUGAUGAACUGCAUAACUUGUUUUUUUUACUGAGUACAGAGUUACGAAAUCCUAGCCUGUAUUUAUCAAUACAGGUGUUCGUCUUAAUCUUGGCUUUUCACUUCCGACGAUGCUUAUAAGCGUCGUCUUAAUCCCUUGGUUUCUGAGGACGCUUAUAAUGUCGUCAUAGUUUAAUUCCUAACAACGCUACUAAAAAACGUCGGCAAAUUUUGGCACGGUGACUAAAUUGCCGACGCUUUUUUCUAGCAUCAGCAGAUCACAGUCGGAGAAAGCUAUUUUUCCUGUGAUGUGAAUAUUGAAGCUAAAGGAUAAUUACAAGAUGAGGAGAGUUAAUUAGAAGAGAGGUGAAGAUGAAAGUAGGUGCCAAAAGGAAAUUAGGGUGGUGGCGGUGGGUUGUAGGUAGUUUGUGAAAAGAUGGAAUGCUGGUUUUCUUUUUUGCUAGCUAUAGAAGUCCAAUCCUUGAACAAGAUUCGGAGUUGGUGGCCAAAAAAACCUUAGAAACCAUUUGAUAUCCAUUGAUUUCAAACUUGUAGAUAAAGCUUUGAAAAGUUCAAAAUUUUGGAAAGUAGGGGCGCCGGUUUGGGUGUUUUAAAGUUCAGGCAUGUUGAGUUUCUCCACCUUAAACAUUGAAAUAAAUUAAUCAUAUAUAGCUGGUUUCGUGCUGAGAACAAAGUUCAAAGAGUUAUUCUAAACUAUGAUCCAGUCCCCAAGCAGACGCGUUUUGGGUAUCAGGUUAAUUGUUAAUGAAAUAUUCCAUUAUCUUUCUCCCAGGGUUUAACUCAGGGACUGAUUUGGAUUUUCCUUAAGAUUAUAGUGAUCAUGAGGAUUGCCCUGCAAAAAGCCCAAUGCAUUCAUUUAGAACUCAUAAUUCUAGAAUGGUAUAGGACUUGAAGAUUUGUGGUGAUGGCAACUUCCAAAGAUCCAUGGUUGUGUCACUCAUCAAGCAACAACCAACAAAACGUGGCUCCAACCUUGAGUCACCCAUAAAAUAAUUUAGCAGUUCAUAAUUAAUUUAUAAGAGGGCUAGCCUCCAAGUUUGGAACAAUAUAUAUAUAUAUAUAUUGGAGCUGGAGACAAUUGCUAUGCCAUAACAACAAUAUAUAAUCCAGGAGACUGCAUCUGCAUACUAUAUAUGAUGGAGAUGACACAAAGAUCCUGUGUUUGAUGCAGUAGGAAUUGAUUCAGAGAAAGCAUAUUAGGCCGCAUGACAGAGAGAAGCCAACCCAACUCUCUAUAUAAUUCUGACUUCUGAAUGCAUUCCUUUUGGGCAGUGUGUCAUGUAGCCAUGUUGGUAGACUCUAGCUAUGAGAUAUAUAGAUGUGAGAAGUCCAUAACUAUGAUAACAAAAAUAUAAAGUGUUGUAUCAAAGGAAGGAAUUCCUUCUCCAUAGUCGUGUAAGCAAAUCAGGCCUUAAAUCUUGAAGAUUCUUGAAUUUAGUCAGAUUCGAUUAGAGCUUAUGAGAAACGGCAUUUGCACAGUAUUCUUUAAUUUUUAAAUUUGAAUUUAUUUAAUUAUCGGCGAAUUUUGAUUUGGCCAAAAUGUCCAACAACAAUAACAACAACAAAAUAACAAUGAUAGUAAUAUUUUAGUUGUGGAGAAUAUUAAUUAAAUGUGGUCAUUUGUUGUUGUAGAUUCUGCAUCUCACAUAUAUGCUGACAAAAGCUAAAAUGUUGCUUAGAGAAAUUUUAUACAAUUUUAGAGCAUGAUAUACCUAAGAAGAAGUUAUUUGUUAUUUUAUAUUUUCUAAUUCUUGGAGUGCUUUUAAGCUGGAAAAAUUUACUUAAUUUUACAGAUGUUAACAAAAUUUCCAUAUUUUAUUUUAGCUUUAAAUUCCUCAUGUCAGCCAUGACCUUAAAAUGAGGAUAAUCAUUGCAUAAGUUUUAAGAUCAUGUACUCUAAAUGUCCCAUCCUUAAAAUGGAGAUCCUUAUUACGUACCAUCGAUUAUAGAUCAUUAGUAGAUGAUUUUGCAAUUUAAAGUAGGAUAAUUAUUUGGAUCUUGAGAUUACAUAUGAGGAUAAGUAAUUUGGUUGAUGAUGGAUGUCAUCCACAAUUGAUGUUUAAUAGUGACUCACUUCAUUUGAUUAUAUGUAGUUAAUUGCUGUAUCACCGAGCAUACGGCGGCAAGAAACUAUGAUCACCUAUAUUUCUCUUGACCAAAUAGCUAUUGAAAUGUAAACAAGUUAAUUAUUUUAGGCAUGUUUGAAUCAAUGUAAAGUUAAAAAAAAAAAAAAGAACUACUUUGACACCGAAAUAUAUCUCCUAGUACAAAGUGGUGUCAAAGGUUGCCUUUUUCCUAUACUUAGUUGCAGAUAAUCAACAUGAAUAAUGCAAGUAUUGUAUACCUGAACCCUUGCAAAGUUUUAGACACGAAUUUUCCAACUAAUCCAAUCUAUUGUGAUCUAAGUUGUGCCAAGACUGUUAGUAGUGAUCAUCAAAGAAGCUUAAUUAUAGCAACACAUUCCUUUUAAUCUUGUUCCUUGGAACUAAUAUAUUAUGCAUUCUAAUCUUUUCAGUUAAAAAAAUGACAGAGAACGUUGGAUGUAUGUUGCUGUACGUUAGGCAGAGAAGCACAGCUGAUCCUCUCUCAUUUUUUACAUCUAAUUUUCCAAUUGUUAUUCCAUAAUUUAAAGAGCAGAGUCUCCUCACUUAAGAAAAUCCGCAGUCUCCCAAACCAAUACUUGCAUUAAGAACCCUCCAUUAAAUAUCUUUCUCCCUCUCUCUCUCUCUGCCCAUAAUCCAAAACAGAAGUCUCUAUACUUCUUCUUUAUUCUGGUCUUUCUGAAUGCUAGCUAGAUAAAAAGAUGGGCUGGAAUGGAGUCAUUGAUUUGAUGAAAGUUUUGUUCUUUUGAAUCUUGCUACACAUUGCACCCAAAGCAUAUCAUCAUCAUUUCCAUAGAGGUAUAUAUGCUUUCCCUUCUUUGAUAUUUUCUACGAGAAUUAUCAUCUGAUGGAUAGCAAGUUGGAAAAAGAUCUCUCUUUUUUCAGCUCUUGAGCAGAAAUGGUUUGCAGAGUUCAAGUUUGACGUGUUCAGCAUUCUUAUCUGAUGCCAAAUGUCAUUGCUCAAAAAGAUUGUCGUUUGAUUGAGAGAGACAGACAUUUGUGGCACAAAGGAAUGCUUCCCUCUUGUUAUUAGAGCACUACCAAUUACAUUCAAAAGACUAAGAAGAGAGACAGCUUUAUCAUACUCCUUUUCUGAUGGUUAUUUCUAUCUUGCCUCACUUUAUUUGUUGGAAGUUUUUGUUUGGUAGGACAGACAGCCUCCACUCCCCAUGGCUAGCAAGAUGAAAGGGCUCUUCAAGGGAUUGAAAUAUCUCUCUCUGCUUUUUGCACAAAAGGAACAUGACAUGGAAAUUGGAUACCCAACGGAUGUGAGACACGUGGCACAUAUUGGUUGGGACAACUCAUGCGGCAGUGCCCCUGCUUGGUUGAGUGAAUUCAAGGCAUCAUCAGAUUUUUCAUCAGCCUCGCUUGGCAGAGAGACCUCUUGGGCUUCUCAAGGCUCGUUCUUCCUUCUCUCCUCUUCUCUCUUUCUAAUUGUCACAUAUCCACCAUAUAACAUGGGACAAAGUUGUGAGAGGUAUUUUGAUCAGUCUAAAGAACUUCAACCGCUUUCUGGGAUUUUUGCUGAUCAUCCUUGCCCAGAUAUACCAAAAGCUCCUAAAAAACCAAGGAGGAGAAAAGCUAAGGACUCAUCCCCAUCCUCAUCAUCAAGAUCGUCGAGGUCAAGAGCUUCAUAUACCACUGCAAUUGAAGAUACCAGUGAAACACCACAUGAAUAUCAAAUCGUUUAGGGAUUUUCUAAUGUGUUCGUGUUAAAUUUCAUUUUCUUAGUUAGGAAGACAUUUGAUUCCCAUUUAAAAAUCUCAAUGUUUAGCUAAGAAAGAAAGAAGACAAAAGACCACAGCAUAAAUUUUCAUUUGUCAACUUGAAAAGAAAAUUUUGAUAUUUGGCUCUUGUUUUUGAAUAAACUCAAGUAUGAAUCAUACUUCAUUAUUCUUUCUGUAAAAUUGAAGGCUAUAAAUGCUCAUGUAUCUGUGCAAAUAAUGUAUUUAAAUAAUAUGGCUUCCAGCCCACCUGUACAACAAUGAACCAAAGUAUUGUGUCUCAAAGUAGAUUAAAAUGGUGGUCCUGAUUUUGAAUUAAUUUCUUUUCUUUUAUUUCACAUUUUCAUUUUGUUACAGUGAGCAGCUUAGGGACUGAAUUUGAUCAUAGAUUAUUGUCUCUAAACAUAUGUUGCACUUUGAGAUACUGCACCUUUAUUCCACUAGGACCUCAUGUUCUGCCCCCAACCCCAUAUGCAUUAAAAGACAAGCUUUAAUUGCAUGAGCCAGAUUGAGUUUCUUUAUAGGACUUUCACAAGGGACCUAGCUGACAUAUAGUUGGGUGAAAUUAGGAGGCUUUUGAGAGGUACAAUUAGGAGGCUUUUGUGGUCUAUAAUGGUCCUAACUCCUAAGAAAGUGGCACCUUUUUGAAGAUACUUAGAUGAAGGGUUGCAUAAUUACUAUCAUCAUUUGAUGCAUAUUUUUAGCCUGGUUCAUCCUAUACUAGAGACAGUCAAAUCUUUCUAUAAAUUCCUGAUUUGUGGUGGAAAAUUUGAUCACUAGGUUGCCAACUAAUACUAAGAAUUUUAUAGUUGAGGAUUUGGCACAGACUAUAUCAAGCCUGUUGUUCCAUGUCAUGGAGCUGAAGAGACAACUUCUUAUCUACUUUUUAGAUGUCCUUGUGUAAGAUAUUAUGUCAUUUUAAGGAUAAGCUGAAAUUAAGAGGGCGGCAAGGUCUUUUUGGUAUUUUUGAUGUGCUACAAGAGUGAAGUGAGGCUGAGGGAUAAUUAGGUGAUCGUUGCUAUUGCCUUUUGAUGGAAGAUUUAGAAAGAAAUGUCAGACAUUCACAUUUGUGCUAGAACAUCUUGGAUGAGGUUAUUAACAUUCAGUUUGAGUUGGCUUUUUUUGUAUCUUCUUAGUGCAUGAGUAAUGUUGAAUAUUUUAAGUGAAAUCUUUUUUGAAUUAGGGUCCAGAUUUUAAUGCUGUAUCAGACUCAAGUAGGUAAUGUUAGUUUGGUUAUGGGAGAUCAUAUGGGUGUUCUCAGUUGGAUCAUUUUACAGGUUUCUUAGUAAUGGUGGUUUUUUUUUUUCAUCUAAUUGUCAAAGACCUAUAGCCGGCUUAAGCAUCAUGGAAGAUGAGAGUUUUCAUGUGUUCAUUUUUGAAGAACAAGCAAGUGAAAGUGGAUAAUCUAUAAAAGCGACGGUAGGUCAGAAGGCAAGAUUUUAUGUUUCGUAAAAGGUUUCCGGCUGAUCCUAUGUUUUUGAGAUACUCUCUCUGUGGUUGAAUCUGGAGUACAUAGAACAAAGAUCAUGGAAUGGCUGAGGUCCAACAGGCCCUCACAAAUUGUGGUGGUAAGAUAAGGUGCCAUGUAGAGUUAGGAGAAUUGGAACUAAGAGCUUUCAGAUUGACAUUAAUCUAGUCUAAGGAAUGCUCGUCAAAAGUCUAGUUUGUAAAUUGUAAUUUGUCUGCUAGGUUGUAGUAUAGAAAGUAGGUGGCAAGAACUGGCUUUCUCAGGAUGAGUGUAUGUUUCAUGGGUAGAAUGUCUGUAAGGUGUAGGGCAGAGGCUUAGCCCUUGUCUUCCCCUGUACUUCAAGUUCUUUGUAUUUGCGAGGCCCGGUUCCCUCCUAUUUCAUUUAUCAAAUAAAAUGAGCGGUGGUAUCUAUGAUUAGUAUUUUUGUUGAUGUACCACAUUUGGUGAUCUUAAUAAAAUGUUGAUGUGUUUUGCCUCCUCUCUCUCUCAGAAAACAAAAUAAUUAUAUAGAUACUAAAAAGAAAAAAAGAGUCUGAGAACUAAUGCAGCAGCAGUAGUUUCACACCAUGCUUGAGGACAAAGAAAGAAGCCAGUCUGAUGACCUCUCAACAAAGUCAGGCUCUAAUUCUUCCAAACCUUUCCAAGCUUUCAACUACCUGACCACAUAGUUUGCUGUUAUAUCCUGGACAUCAAGUCUUGACUAUUGGCUGUCACACACCAAAUAUAGGCUUUUCCUUUUGCUUGCAUGCUGUCACAGCUGAAAAUUAGGUGGAUCUAUGGCCAUGGUUGCUUUGAAUUCCAUCCUCGCUGUUCGGAGCAAACUGAAAAUUGUUUGUGUGAAGCUUGAAACAUAUCCAAAUGGGUUUAUCUCUGGAGAUCAAGCAGCCACUAUAUACAUGUACAUAUAUACUCGCAAAGUUUAAAUUAACCAUGAGUGCUUGGAACUUCUGAGAGCAUAAAAGAUUGUUACCCUUGAUAUAAACUAAAGAACAAGCUAUGAAUAUUCCUAGG